CUGCCCCUGCCCCUGGCCCUGCUCCUGCUCCUGUUGCUGCUGCUGCUGCCGCCGCCGGGCAGGCCCGGGCCCGGCCCCCGGAGCCGCACGGACCCCCCGCCGAGCCGCUGCCGCCGCGACGCCCUCUGCGAACCGCUGCGCUACAACGUGUGCCUGGGCUCGGCGCUGCCCUACGCCGCCACCUCCACGCUGCUCGCCGGGGACUCGGGCUCCCAGGAGGAGGCCCACGGCAAGCUCGGCCUCUGGUCCGGCCUCCGGAAUGCCCCCCGCUGCUGGGCGGUGAUUCAGCCCCUGCUCUGUGCCGUCUACAUGCCCAAAUGUGAGAACGACCGGGUGGAGCUGCCCAGCCGCACGCUAUGCCAGGCUACCCGGGGGCCCUGCGCCAUUGUGGAGCGCGAGCGGGGCUGGCCCGACUUCCUGCGCUGCUCUUCCGAUGGCUUCCCAGAAGGCUGUAUGAAUGAAGUCCAGAACAUCAAGUUCAACAGCUCAGGGCAGUGCGAGGCCCCGCUGGUCCGGACGGACAACCCCAAGAGCUGGUACGAGGAUGUGGAGGGCUGCGGGAUCCAGUGCCAGAACCCCCUCUUCACCGAGGCCGAGCACCGGGACAUGCACAGCUACAUCGCCGCCUUUGGGGCCGUCACUGGCCUCUGCACCCUGUUCACCCUGGCCACAUUUAUCGCCGACUGGAAGAACUCCAACCGUUACCCGGCUGUCAUUCUCUUCUACGUCAACGCUUGCUUCUUCGUCGGCAGCAUCGGCUGGCUGGCCCAGUUCAUGGACGGCGCCCGCCGGGAGAUUGUCUGCCGGGCCGAUGGCACCAUGCGGCUCGGGGAGCCCACCUCCAAUGAAACACUGUCCUGUGUCAUCAUCUUCGUCAUCGUAUACUACGCGCUGAUGGCGGGGGUGGUCUGGUUCGUGGUGCUGACCUACGCUUGGCACACCUCCUUCAAGGCCCUGGGCACCACCUACCAGCCCCUCUCGGGCAAGACCUCCUAUUUCCACCUGCUCACCUGGUCCCUGCCCUUUGUCCUCACGGUCGCCAUCCUCGCCGUGGCCCAGGUGGACGGGGACUCGGUGAGUGGCAUCUGCUUCGUGGGCUACAAAAACUACCGCUAUCGUGCUGGCUUUGUGCUGGCUCCCAUUGGCCUGGUGCUCAUCGUUGGAGGCUAUUUCCUCAUCCGAGGUGUCAUGACUCUGUUCUCCAUCAAGAGCAACCACCCCGGGCUGCUGAGCGAGAAGGCGGCCAGCAAGAUCAAUGAGACCAUGCUGCGGCUGGGCAUCUUUGGCUUCCUGGCCUUCGGCUUUGUCCUCAUCACAUUCAGCUGCCACUUCUACGACUUCUUCAACCAGGCCGAAUGGGAACGCAGCUUCCGGGACUACGUACUGUGCCAAGCCAACGUGACCAUCGGGUUGCCUACCAAGAAGCCGAUCUCCGACUGUGAGAUCAAGAAUCGCCCCAGCCUCCUGGUGGAGAAGAUCAAUCUGUUUGCCAUGUUUGGCACGGGCAUCGCCAUGAGCACCUGGGUCUGGACCAAGGCCACCCUACUCAUCUGGAGGCGCACCUGGUGCAGGCUGACUGGUCAGAGUGAUGACGAGCCUAAAAGGAUCAAGAAGAGCAAAAUGAUUGCCAAAGCCUUCUCCAAGCGGCGGGAACUGCUGCAGAACCCGGGCCAAGAGCUGUCAUUCAGCAUGCACACCGUGUCCCAUGACGGGCCUGUGGCGGGUUUGGCCUUUGACCUCAACGAGCCCUCCGCCGACGUCUCCUCCGCCUGGGCCCAGCACGUCACCAAGAUGGUGGCCCGGAGGGGAGCCAUCCUGCCUCAGGACGUGUCUGUCACCCCUGUGGGGACUCCCGUCCCCCCUGAGGAGCAAGCCAACCUGUGGCUGGUGGAGGCAGAGAUUUCCCCGGAGCUGGAGAAGCGCCUGGGCCGGAAGAAGAAGAGGAGGAAGAGGAAGAAGGAGGUGUGCCCGCUGGCUCUGCCGGCUGAGCUGCGCCAUCCUGCUCCUGCCUCCAGUGCGGUGCCCCGCCUGCCUCAGCUGCCCCAACAGAAAUGCCUCGUGGCGGGGGCCUGGGGGAAUGGGGAUCCCCGCCGCCACGGCACCUGGACCUUGGUCUCCAACCCCUUCUGCCCAGAGCCUAGCCCACUCCAGGACCCGUUCCUGCCCCCUCCCCCUGGCCCUGGAGUCUGGACUCAAGGCCGCCGACCUGGCCUGGCCCCCAUCCACUCCCGGACCAAUCUGAUGGAGGCGGAACUGCUGGAUGCCGACUCGGACUUCUGAGCCUGAGGACACAGCGGGCCCUGGGGCUCCGGGGGGAAGAAGAGGAUUCUGGAAACUCGGCUGCCCCAGAGAGGAGACUGGAGCUUUUCACUCACGCCCACUGCUUCUGAACUGGCCUCGCCUGUUCCCCCAGGCACUUCUCGGUGCCAGAGCAGUGAGGCCCAGUGCCCACCUGGAGGUAUUUGUUGCCGGCCUGAGGCAGCCCUACUUUAGGGUGGCCUUGGACCCCCCCGGCUCUGCCCCUCACAUCGCCCUCUUUCUGGCGGACUUUCUCCUUGGCGGAAUUGACCAGAAUCCCACCCUGCCCCCACCUUGGCCGAAGUCGGCCUGAGUCACAAUGGGAUAACGCUGCCCAGCGCAGGCCCCGGUGCUCAGGGCCGGACACAUGCCAAGGGCCGCAGAUAAAGCUCAGGGGUGAGGGGCCGCCCGACUGUGGGGGCAGCAGGGCCUUCAGAGCUGGGUGACCCCUGCUGCAACAGGCUCUCCAUUGUGGCGAGGCCUUAGGGGCGAGUCCAAAGGAUGCUGGGUGUCCUGGCUUUCUCCCCUUUCCUUUGAAUAGAUGAGAGCUACUUUCUAAUGGGCCAGAGCCUCCUUCAGCAGCAGAGCUCAGGAGGAGGAGGAGAGGGCCACAAGCUCCUCCCAAGGCCUUUUCCUCUUCCCCCCUCCCCCUCCCGACAGUUAGCCCCACUUGGACAGCUCCAUCCUAGCUCCCGUUUGAAUUUUGACGUCUUUGUUGUUUUUGUCUGUUUACACUCCGAGCUGUAUUCCCAAGCUCCGGCCGGCCUCUCCAACCCCCUCCCUCCUGCUCUUUUCCCGCCUCACUCCAUCUCCAGGAGAGGGGCUCCUUCAGCAGUGGAGGCCCAGGCCCGCGUGGGGUAGGGCUGGGGGCUCCGUGGGGGUCCCCGGGCAGAGGGGUCCGGGGACGCCACUCUGGCUGACCAGCCUGGGGCCACGGUGGGGGCCGUCUCUCCAUCGCUCUGCUCCGGGUCCUCACAGCUCCCACCCCCACAGUGGGGCAACAGAAACACACAUCAGUGGCCGGCUGGGAUCCAGGCCAAGGGAAAGGGGACUUUGGGGAGGAGGAUAAACAGCCAAUAAAAGAAAAAAAGGUUUUGUAUAA